UUGAUAAUUUGAUAUACCACGCAAUCUUUUUAAUUUUCCUUGCUUCACUCUCUUGUUCUCUCCCUUUCUUCUAUGGCGAUUGGGGCUCGAAUUCAAAAUUAGGGCACUACGAAUCGACUUCGAUCGGUGCAAAUUGAAGAAGAUGUGAUCUUACAGAGAUAUUGAAGUCUUUCUCGCGAUAUUUGGCUGAAGCGUGGGGUUUUUUUUUAGUUUUCUUCUUCCUUUUUUGGUUUUUAGAUUCCUAGGGUUUUCAGGGUAUGAAAGGCUGGUCGGAUCGGACCAAGGUGGUGUUGCGACACCUGCCGCCGGCGAUUUCUGAAGCUAUGCUCAUGGGCCAGGUUGAUUCUGCCUUCGCGGGACGCUACAACUGGGUCUCAUUUUGCCCAGGAAAGAACAGUCAGAAGCAUCAAACUUAUUCAAGAGCAUAUAUUGACUUCAAAAGGCCAGAGGAUGUUUUCGACUUUGCUGAGUUCUUUAAUGGUCAUGUUUUUGUUAAUGAGAAAGGGACUCAGUUCAAAACUAUUGUUGAGUAUGCACCUUCGCAGCGAGUUCCAAAGCAAUGGUUGAAGAAGGAUGGUCGUGAAGGGACCAUACAAAAAGAUCCUGAGUAUCUGGAGUUUCUUGAAUUUAUUGCAAAGCCUGUUGAGAAUCUUCCGAGUGCAGAGAUACAAUUGGAGAGGAGAGAAGCAGAACGAGCUGGCGCUGCAAAAGACCCUCCUAUAAUCACACCUCUUAUGGACUUUGUUCAACGGAAAAGAGCUGCUAAGAGCGGAUCUCGGCAGAGAUUAUCAUCUAAUGGGAGACGGAGGAGCAUGGGUGGUGGACCAUCAGGUGGAAGUUCUAGCUCAACUUCAUCCAAGCGUGGUUCUGAAAUGAAACGGGGGUCCAAGACAAUGUAUGUACUGAGAGACUGUACGAAAAGUAUCAGUGGGAAAGACAAAUCUACUUACAUACUACUUUCAAAGCGAGAUGAUCAGCGGGUUUCUGCAGCUGGAGGUGAAGGACACGAAGAUGAAAGUGGAGUUUCUGGAAGUACUGACUCCGGUAAGAAGAAAGUCCUGCUGCUGAAAGGAAAAGAGAAAGAAAUUUUAAAUCAGCAGAAUAGGACAACGUCAGUUAAAAAUUUAUAUGGUUCAGUUGCGUUUAAGCAUAACCAACGACGUGAAGCUGCUGAAAAGACUGUAAGAAGCAUACUUACUAACAAAGACACCUGCCUAAGUCAAUCUAGUGGGAUUCCGUCAGAGCAUAAAAUCCAUACUUCUAUUUUGGACAAGGACAGACGUCCUCCUCGGUCUCCAAAUGUAAAAUCUGUUUCAAAGGACAUGAAUGGGGCUUCAGAUGACAAGUUGGUCGGGGAUAACUUGCAUGGUUUUUACGGUGAGAAGUCAGAGAAGUGUGCAAGAAAUAAGGAUAGACCUGAACGUGUAGUAUGGACCCCUCUUCGUCGAUCUGAUGGAUCACACAGGAGUGAUGAGUCAUUAUCAUCAUCUGCUUCUCAACUGUCACAUACUCUGUCAGAUUCUUUGGAUGGAUCUGCUAAACAUGUUGUUCAUGGUGGAACUUCGCAAAUUGUGAAGGAUGCUGAUGGCUCAUUAGUAAUUAGUGAGGGAAAGUCUUCAAGAAGAAGCAGUACUACUGGCUAUGGUUCCCAUGAGAAACAAGUUUGGGUUCAAAAGUCAGGUUUGGAUUCUUAGUGUCUUUUGGAGGGGUACAAUGCUUGGUUCUUCAGAAAUCAGAAUUUUGCAGCAUUCUCUCUGUGUGCUGGAGACGCUCUUUUUUGGGCCGAAGAGGUUAUCUGGUAUGACAAAGUAUCAGCAACGGAAAUGGCUUUAUGGAAAGCCUGGGAAAAUUUUCAAACCUGACAUGAAGAUACUGAAGGAUCUAGUGCUGGGUGAGUUCAAGAAAUCCCAAUUUUAAUCGAGGGCAGAUUUGGGAAUAGGAAGCAGAAAGAGAAGAAAGAUCUUGUUUUAUAGCGUACAUAACACAAGUGGUAUCACAGCCUCCUUUCAUGGGGUCUGGUUGUUGGAGGAUUCGUGAAUAUCCUCAUUCUGAUGACUAGCUUGGACUGUAUAUGGUGAAAAUGUCAUUGUAUAUAGUUAAAACCGUAAAUAUACGUCCAGAGAAAGUAUAGCGCCUGAUUUCACUAGCUGCAUAUGUCCAAUUGUGCUCAGCCUAUUGGCUAUGGCAUUGGUCAGUGGGCAUUUGUUUAUAGUCCUCCUGGUAUUUUGUUGGGCUUUCUUGAGUGUGGAUGAAUUUGGAAGAGAAUUAAAGAUAGGAAGAUGGUUUCAACUCAAUUCGGUAGGUUAAAAUACAGAUCCAGUGCUCCUUGUUGGUUCUUGCGUUUGGAGUGCAACUGUUUUAUUAUCUGAAAUGCAGAAAUGCCUUUUUGCUACA